AUGGAUACGAUGGCGUCGCAAAGUGACCCAACCGCCGGCGCCUCCGAAGUUUCGCUGAACGACUUGGACAAGCAAAUCGAGACGUUGAUGCGAUGCGAAACCAUCUCCGAAGCCGAAGUCAAAGGACUCUGCGCGAAAGCCAAGGAAAUCCUCAUCCAAGAAGGCAACGUGCAAAUCAUCAAUACACCAGUAACGAUAUGCGGUGACAUUCACGGACAAUUCUACGAUUUGAUGGAACUCUUCAGGGUCGGCGGCAAGAUUCCGUACACCAACUACUUGUUCCUUGGGGAUUUCGUUGAUCGCGGUCACUACUCGGUGGAAACAUUUCUCCUGCUGUUGGCCUUGAAAGUUCGCUAUCCGGAUCGGAUGAUGCUGAUACGUGGGAAUCACGAGAGUCGUCAAAUUACGCAAGUCUACGGAUUCUACGAUGAGUGUGUUCGCAAAUAUGGAAACGCCACCGUGUGGAAGUGCUGUACCGAUGUUUUUGAUUGCCUUCCACUGUCAGCUGUCAUCGAUGGACGAAUCUUCUGUGUGCACGGUGGUCUCUCACCAUCCAUUCAAACACUCGAUGAAAUACGAGCAAUCGAGAGAAAACAAGAAGUCCCACACGAUGGCGCAAUGUGCGAUCUCUUGUGGUCGGAUCCAGAAGACACGAUUGGUUGGGGAAUGAGCCCUCGGGGUGCAGGUUAUCUCUUUGGCUCGGAUGUGGCAAAACAGUUCUGCGAAAGCAAUAAUGUCGAUCUAAUCUGUCGAGCACAUCAAUUGGUGAUGGAAGGGUUCAAAUGGCACUUCAACGAGACUGUGCUCACAGUUUGGUCGGCACCCAAUUAUUGUUACCGGUGUGGGAAUGUUGCGGCUAUACUUGAAUUGGACGAAAAUGGAAACAAGGAUUUUUCGAUCUUCGAGGCGGCACCUCAGGAAAAUCGUGGAGCUCCCGCCAAAAAGCCCUUACCGGAUUACUUUUUA